AUGGCGGGCUUCAGGGCGAAGUAUUGUAUCCCACCGGAGGUAGAAGCCGGACAAGCUACUAGAGCCGGUAGUCCGAGAUUAGCACGGAUUGACGUGUCCAUACCAGGGUUCCUCGCAGAUACAGAUCUGCCUCCCGUUCAGUUACCUCCCAAUCAUAUUUUUCCCCCAGUAGUUAUCCCAGAGGAGGAGGAGGAGGCCGGCUCUUCACAUUCAUCCCUAGAGGAUCAAAUAGACCAGUUCCAGUUUACUGAGGAAGGGGAGGCUUCGGUCAGAGUAGUAGAGAUCUCCGAUUCUGACGCUGAUUUAGACCGUGCCUCAGCGGCUCCUGGUACUGGUUUGGUCAUCGCACAGCCUGAUAUCAGCGAGGACACCGAAGAGGAAGAAGGGAUGGACCUCCAGCCGAGGACUGGCCUCAGGGGUCUCCUAUCCAACAGGUCCAAAGGGCAGACCUCUAAGGAACUCCCGAAAGGGCAGGUUGUCUCCAAAUCCCCCGCUCCUCCUCCCCUUCCCUCGUCGGGUGCGACGCUGAAGCCUAUGCCUAACCUAAGGCGAAAAAGGCCUGUAGAAGAGGCGGAGGAGGGAGAGGUUGCCCGUGAGAAAGCCGGGCCUAGAAAGAAGGGCAAGGAAACGAAAGAGCCCCGAGAAAAAAGAACCAGGUCCACUGAGAGCCGAGAUGAGGCGGUAGAAGCCGGACAAGCUAUUAGAGCCGGUAGUCCGAGAUUAGCACGGAUUGACGUGUCCAUACCAGGGUUCCUUGCUGAUACAGAUCUGCCUCCCGUUCAGUUACCUCCCAAUCAUAUUUUUCCCCCAGUAGUUGUCCCAGAGGAGGAGGAGGAGGCCGGCUCUUCACAUUCAUCCCUAGAGGAUCAGAUAGACCAGUUCCAGUUUACUGAGGAAGGGGAGGCUUCGGUCAGAGUAGUAGAGAUCUCCGAUUCUGACGCUGAUUUAGACCGUGCCUCAGCGGCUCCUGGUACUGGUUUGGUCAUCGCACAGCCUGAUAUCAGCGAGGACACCGAAGAGGAAGAAGGGAUGGACCUCCAGCCGAGGACUGGCCUCAGGGGUCUCCUAUCCAACAGGUCCAAAGGGCAGACCUCUAAGGAACUCCCGAAAGGGCAGGUUGUCUCCAAAUCCCCCGCUCCUCCUCCCCUUCCCUCGUCGGGUGCGACGCUGAAGCCUAUGCCUAACCUAAGGCGAAAAAGGCCUGUAGAAGAGGCGGAGGAGGGAGAGGUUGCCCGUGAGAAAGCCGGGCCUAGAAAGAAGGGCAAGGAAACGAAAGAGCCCCGAGAAAAAAGAACCAGGUCCACUGAGAGCCGAGAUGAGGCGGUCACCCAACAAAUUUAUGUUGCUGAGGAGUGGGCCAAGCAAGCUCGAGAGGAUGUGCAUAAGGAGGCUCAGUCCCGUGCUACAGCUGAGAGGGCCGCGAGCGAUCUCAAACGAGAUCUUGAUCGUAAGGAUCAUGAGCUGAAAGAAAUAAAGAAGGCCAAUGCGAGUGCAGAGGCUGGCCUGAAGACUGCUGAAAAGCAAACCGAAGAGCUGCGCAAGCAGCUCCGACACUCUGAGGAAAAACUGUCAGCGGAGCAACAAGCGGUUUCGGAGCUUAAGGCUGAGCUUGCAAGGGCAAAGGAGGAAGCCCGCUUGUCCAAGGAGGUUGCCGAGAAGGCUGUGGCGGCUUCGUAUGAACGUGGGGUUCACGAUACUGAGGAAAGAUUGACCGAGGAAGUCGCCACUGUCUGCAGGGAUUAUGUCACCUCGACCUGGGGAUUGGCCAUGGAUAGGGCAGCCGUCCCCGCAGAUUCUGAUCUCAGGAAAGCUGAGAACAUCUUUUACCCUGCGGAGAUACGUGAGACUCCUGGGGAGGUCGCCUCCACUGAGCCUCUUCCAACAGAUUCCCCCAUUCCCGAGACUGGAGGCAUGGAGCAAGCUACGCAGGGCCAGUCACCCGAGGACAGUCUUCGCAUCAGCGAGAUCCUUGCCCAGGCCCAAGAGAUCGCCCCGGAGAACCCAGCAGUGGAUGAUCAGCCUGCCCCAACUCAGGGCCCUUAG